AUGCCGCCUUUCAUAUUCAACUUGAUGCAAUUCUUCAGCUCCAAUAUUGGCAAGAACUACACCUUCCUUCUUUGCAAUGGGAUUCUAGUUUUCAUUGUGAAGAAUUCAGGUCUACUGGGCACUUCUCAUCAAGAGAUUAAUCUCAUAAAGAAUGGAGAAAGUCCACAGAAAGAACUUGAAACAGUUUCUGCAGAAAAACAAGAACAAGAAAUAGCAGAUAAGUGUUUGGUUAUGGUAAAAGGAGCAGCCUUAAUCACACAAGAUGUAGUAAAUGAAGAGGUGAAUGAGAUCACAAUGGUUGAUGAAGAGCAUGAAGAUGAUGAAGAAGCACAAGAUCUAGUAAGUGAAGAGGUGAAUGAGAUCACAAUGGUUGAUGAAGAGCAUGAAGAUGAUGAAGAAGCACAAGAUGUAGUAAGUGAAGAGGUGAAUGAGAUCAUAAUGGUUGAUGAAGAGCAUGAAGAUGAUGAAGAAGAAAUUGGAUUGCUGAAUGUUGAUGAGUUGAACAAGAAAUGUGAUGAUUUUAUAAGGAAGAUGAAAGAAGAAAUCAAAUUUGAAGCUCAACAACUCACCCUUGUUCACCAUUAA